AGACGAUGUUUAACAUGAGCCCACAGUCUCUUAACGUGCAACCACAAACCAGCUCACGCUGUCGCUUUAUUUGUCAAAAGAGAACAGACCCUACGUGGAGAAAGUGUUGGAGAAGAAAGACAAUCUUUAUACAUCACCAUACCUGAGAAACAGUCUUCUGAGCAAGAUUGCCAUACAAAAUGAUGGCAGAGUCUCUGCCAUUCUGUGGCCCCAUGGCCACUUUGUCUGGGUGGGAGCUGGAAUGUUGGUAUGAAGAUCUUCAAGACAUCUUGUGGGCCGACACAAAGGACACUGGGAAUUUGCUCCCUGUUUCAGAAGAGCAGGACUUACAGCAAAUGGAAACUGUGGACCAAUCUCCUUACUUGUGGACUAUUGAGUCACCUUUGGUUAUGGACAAUGAGGAUACUGAUGCUUUAGAAGCUGCUGUACAACAGCUGCCUUCUGCUGUCUUGGAACUAAUAAACUCAGAAAUACAAGACAACUGUAAGCUCUCUGGUUCCCCAGUAAGUGAUGAUACUCCGCAGUCGGACGUGCCUGAGCUCGAUUACUGCAGUAGCUCUUCAGUACAUACCCACACAGAGGAUGAGGAAUCUUUUGCCAGCCAGCCACCAUCAAAAAGAAAGAGAAGCAGUCAGUCACGAGGAGGAAAAGUACGUGUGAAAGAAAAGGAAGAGGAGAAUGAAAAGAAAGUGUCCCAUUUGUUAGCAGAAAAUGAACGACUAAAGGGAGAGAUUGAACGCCUAAGUAAGGAAGUGGAGCAGACUAGGAAGGCUUUAAUAGACCGGAUGGUGAACCUUAAAAAAGACUAAGACUCAAAAUAAAUCAGCAAUUACUUGCUAUGAGAACUAUACUUUUAUUUUAGGAAAGUAAACUUUGUAGAACUGCUGUGACUUUCAGCAGGUACUCUGUAAAUACUGAUGUAAGGAGUUACAGGUUAGUCCUUUAUCUAGUCUGGAAUGCAUUGCGCUCUGUAUAUUGCAUGGUUAAUCUGCACGGUGUCUGUUUCCAAAACAAUUUACACCAUGUCCAUUUAGCUAUCCCCUGAUAUUAAUCAAGUAUUUUAAUAAAACUAAUAUUGCAUGUA